GAGGGAGGGCGGGCUCUGUGAGCGGGGACCAUGGAGCGGGAAGGCAAGUGGCCGCCGAGCGACCUCUCCUACAAGGAAAAUCUUAUUGGAACUUUACUCGCCAUCUUUGGAAACCUUGUCAUCAGCAUCUCGCUGAACAUGCAGAAGUACAGCCAUGUGAAGCUGGCAGGCACCAAAGAUCCCCGAUCGUAUUUUCGGACAAAAACAUGGUGGUUGGGACUGACGCUCAUGUUAAUAGGCGAGUUAGGAGUUUUCACUGCCUAUGCCUACGCUCCACUGUCGCUGAUCACACCCCUCAGCGCCGUCUCCAUUGUCGCCAGCUCAAUUAUAGGGAUCAUAUUCCUACGGGACAAGUGGAAACCGAAGGAAUUUCUACCAGGAAACUACGCAUUAUCGUUCCUUGGAUGUGGGUUCACAGUGGUUGGAAUCUAUCUCCUGGUCACAUUUGGACCAAAUGCUCACGAGAAGCUUUCGGGAAGGAAUCUUAUUUCACACUUAAUGGGCUGGCCCUUUCUACUGUAUCUGCUGGUGAUGAUUAUCCUCUUCUGCCUUCUCCUGUAUUUCUACAAAAUACGAAAGAUGACCUAUCUUGGUGUAAUUCUGCUGCUGGAAGCCUUGUUGGGCUCCGUUACAAUUGUGGCAGCCAAGGGUGUGUCGGGAAUGAUCGUUCUGUCCAUCCAGGGAAAUCUACAGCUGGCCUAUCCUAUAUUCUAUGUUUUGUUUGUAGUUAUGGUUUCUACUGCAGUGUUUCAAGCAAUGUUUCUGCGUGAGGUUUCCGAGCUGUAUGAUCCAUCCCAGAUUGCGAGCGUCAGCUAUAUAUUUUCCACAAUCAUCGCUGUCAUUGCUGGAGCCACCUUUUAUUUAGAGUUCAAUGGCGCUGAUGCUCUCCACAUCUGCAUGUUCGUCUUCGGCUCCUGUAUCGCCUUUCUAGGAGUAUUACUGAUCACACAAAGCAAGAAGAGGACCUUUGACCCGUACAUCACCAUGGAUGUGUUUCCAGGGUUGGGGAGCAUGUUUGUUAAGAGCCCAGUGCAGCCUGAUCUGAGUGGCUCCUUCUCCUACGGCACCCUGGACCACAAUGCCCACCCAGAUGUGCUGCUAGACCCUCAGCAAGAGCCCAAUUCUUCUCGCCCCGUGAUGACAUCCAAACAAGACUGAGCUGUGAACCCCACAGGGCAGGUGAACACAGCCCACCCACGCCAGUACUGAGCUCUGCGGGAGCUGCUCUCAACGGCCGUCCUCCAGCUCGCCAUCACGCGACUGAGGCAACAGUGUGAAUGGCUAAGAGAACCAUCACUUUCCCACAAGCUCCUGCUCAUUGCUCCCCACUUACUGCUGCGAGACCAGAUGGAGCAAUCAACCAUUGCACAGAAUAAUGAAGCCGCCUUAGAUGGGGAGACCCCUGCCCCAUCCCUUGUUGCACUUGGAUACCUCAUCUACAGCCAGGCUCCUUGCGUUGAGUAGUAGUCAUAGACUCCCCGCUACACUCACUUAUUUAAUGACACUUUGUAUUUGCUGUACAGUAAAACUCCAAUAAUCUUGCACACUUACAACUGUGGUAUCACUAUUUUAGAUAGUGCACUAUUAUAAUAAAUUUCCCAGUGUACCAGUUCAGUCAGAAGGAAACACAGUAACAGGGUGCUGCCUGGUUGAAAGAGAGCAGGGGGAUCAUGGACCCGGCAGUUCAGAAGGUGGCAACGCUCGGGGUUCCAGCCAUUGGAAGGGGCCGUGGAUUAUCAGAAGGGAGUGGGCUCCAGGGACGCCUGGUGCGUCGGAGGGAGCUCGGGAACAGGGAUCCCGGCGAUCGAAGGGGUGGGCCAGAUAUUAGUUGGUGAGCUGGAUGCUGGAUUAGCAGAUUAUCAGAGUUUUACUUUUUGUUGAGUUCCACCGUUUAAAAUGUCUGUUUUAUCUCUA